AUGCUGCUUUAUUCCAUUAUCGUCAGUAAUGCCAUCCUCUCUUUUGCGCCAAUGGCCCUGCUUGUUGCUCGAGACGCGAUUCAGGCUGAUGACAUUGUACGUUAUGAUGAAACCAUGAAGACUAUUGUCGGCAAUCAGAUUCUUAACCUUUACCCGGAGAAUCUAGUAAUCAGGCUCGACAUCCAUGAAUACCCAUCUGGAAAAAUUAUCCGGUCUGAGGUGUUCAAGCCAAGCCGAGAUACCAAUGCAUACUUCAAACAGGAGGAUGAACUAGCAAAAGAUUUUCUUCAACAAUCUUCCAGGGAAGGAACAUCAUAA